AAGCAGGAAGAGAGUGACAGGGCAGGGAGGAGGGCACGGCUGGCACCAUGGGAGCGGGCACCACGGGCCUGUGGGGCUGUGGGGCUGGCAGGACACUGCCCACCCCAGCACGGUGACAGCGAGGGGCUGGCCGGGAGCACCUGCUGCCACCUGCCGUGUCCCCGUGUCCCCGUGUCCCCCCUGCCUCGUGGACACCAUGGGGUGUUCAUGACGGAGAAGGGAAGCAGCAGGAGCUGGGGCAGCCCGCGGGCAGGGCGCGUUGGGUGGGCACGGCGGCGCCCCGAAGGACCUGUCUGGGGACGGCUCCGUCCUGCCCCCGGCUCUGAGGAUGCACAGGCUGCUCCUGCUCGGCUGCCUCUGGCUCCUGGCAGCUCCCCCGGGCUCCAGCAUCUUCCAGCGGCCAACGGGGACCCCAGCCCCACUGCAGCUGCAGUACCUGCUGGAGCCCCUGCACCCCACUGUGCACACGCGGCGCGGUGCCACGGCCACGCUGCCCUGCGUGCUGCGCGCGCUGCCCCACAACUACCGCGUCAAGUGGAGCAAGGUGGAGCCGGCCAACUACGGCGAGAGCAUCAUCAUCAUCACCAACGGGCUGCUGCACAAGAACUACGGGCCGCUGGGCCCGCGGGUGCGCCUGAGGCACGGCCACCGCUACGACGCCUCGCUCACCAUCAGCGACGUGGCGCUGGAGGACGAGGGACGCUACCGCUGCCAGCUCGUCAACGGCCUGGAGGACGAGAGCAUCUCGCUCACGCUGCACCUUGAGGGCGUCGUCUUCCCUUACCAGCCCAGCAACGGGCGCUACAAAUUCAACUACCACGAAGCCAAGCGAGCCUGCGAGCAGCAGGACUCCCGCCUCGCCACCUACCAGCAGCUGUACAAAGCCUGGACGGAGGGUCUGGACUGGUGCAACGCCGGCUGGACGCUGGACGGGACCGUGCACUACCCCAUCAUCAACGCGCGGGAGCCGUGCGGCGGCCGCCUGCUCCUGCCCGGUGUGCGCACCUACGGCGCCAGGGACAAGCAGAAGGAUCGAUUCGACGCUUUCUGCUUCACCUCUGCUCUUCAAGGCCGCGUCUACUUCAUCCGCGGCCACCUGAACUUCAAGGAGGCAGCACAGGCUUGUCGCAACCACGGCGCUGUCCUGGCCAAAGUGGGGCAGCUCUACUCGGCCUGGAAGUUCUCUCAGCUGGAUCGCUGUGACGGGGGGUGGCUGGAGGACGGCAGCGUCCGCUACCCCAUCACCGCGCCCCGGCAGCGCUGCGGCGGCCUGCCCCAGCCCGGCGUGCGCAGCUUCGGCUUCCCCAGCAAGGAGAUGAGGAGCUACGGCACCUACUGCUUCGUGGGCCAGUGAGGAGGACGGGCUGAGCGUGGGGGACAGCAGGGGACAGCCAGUCCUCAUCCCCGGGGCACAGAGCUGGAGGCGGGCGAGGAGGAGGAUGGUGUCCCGGCGGUUCUGGGGGCUCCAGCAUCCUCUGGUGGAGCUGGGUCUGGGUUCUUGGGGCAUCCCCUGGGGGAGCAGGUGCCCAUGUGCAACCCCAUGAGGCUUGUGGGGGGUUUGGGACUCAUUUUGGGGUGUUUGGGACUCUUUUUGGGGUGUUU